UGGCGGGCUCGCGGUGGUGCCGCCCGCUACCCUUCCGCCGGCUGCCCCUCCUCCGCGCCGUCCGCAAGAUGGCGGCGAGCGCGGCGCGGGCUGGGGGUGGUUGAGGGCGGCAGAUUAGUUCUUUUGGAGAUUAAACACUUGGAGAGGAAAAUGACAUCGAUUAUCAAGUUGACUACGCUCUCGGGGGUGCAGGAGGAAUCUGCCCUCUGCUAUCUUUUGCAAGUAGAUGAGUUUCGUUUUCUUUUGGACUGUGGCUGGGAUGAAAACUUUUCAAUGGAUAUUAUUGAUUCUCUGAGGAAGCAUGUACACCAGGUUGAUGCUGUUCUUCUUUCCCACCCUGACCCUCUACACCUUGGUGCACUUCCAUAUGCAGUUGGAAAAAUGGGAUUGAAUUGUGCCAUUUAUGCAACUAUUCCUGUAUAUAAAAUGGGACAGAUGUUUAUGUAUGAUCUCUACCAGUCCCGCCAUAAUACUGAAGAUUUCACACUCUUUACAUUGGAUGAUGUAGAUGCAGCCUUUGAUAAGAUACAACAGCUGAAGUUUUCUCAGAUUGUGAACUUAAAAGGUAAAGGACAUGGUUUGUCAAUCACACCAUUGCCAGCUGGUCACAUGAUAGGAGGCACAAUUUGGAAGAUUGUCAAGGAUGGGGAGGAAGAAAUUGUUUAUGCCGUUGAUUUCAACCACAAGAGGGAGAUCCAUCUGAAUGGAUGUUCCUUGGAAAUGUUGAGCAGGCCUUCAUUGCUUAUUACAGAUUCAUUUAAUGCUACUUACGUACAACCCAGGAGGAAGCAAAGGGAUGAACAGCUGCUGACUAAUGUUUUGGAGACAUUACGAGGUGAUGGAAAUGUAUUAAUAGCCGUGGAUACAGCAGGCAGAGUUCUGGAACUUGCUCAGCUUCUUGAUCAGAUCUGGAGAACAAAAGAUGCAGGAUUGGGGGUCUACUCUCUUGCACUUUUGAAUAAUGUCAGCUACAAUGUAGUGGAGUUCUCUAAGUCACAGGUUGAAUGGAUGAGUGACAAGUUGAUGAGGUGCUUUGAAGACAAGAGAAACAACCCUUUUCAAUUCCGCCAUCUCUCCUUAUGUCACAGUCUGUCUGAUCUGGCUCGAGUGCCUAGUCCUAAAGUUGUUCUUGCCAGUCAGCCUGACUUGGAGUGUGGGUUUUCUAGAGAUCUUUUCAUUCAGUGGUGCCAGGAUUCCAAAAACUCUAUCAUUUUAACUUAUCGCACUACACCUGGAACAUUAGCCCGAUUCCUGAUAGACAAUCCUUCUGAAAAAGUUAUAGAUAUUGAGUUGAGAAAACGUGUCAAGUUGGAAGGAAAAGAACUUGAAGAAUACCUAGAAAAGGAAAAACUAAAGAAAGAGGCAGCUAAGAAGUUAGAGCAGUCUAAAGAGGCAGAUAUUGAUUCCAGUGAUGAGAGUGAUGCUGAAGAGGAUAUUGAUCAGCCAACUUUACAUAAGACCAAGCAUGAUUUGAUGAUGAAAGGUGAAGGUAGCCGGAAAGGAAGCUUCUUCAAACAGGCAAAAAAAUCUUAUCCAAUGUUUCCAGCUCCUGAAGAAAGAAUUAAAUGGGAUGAAUAUGGUGAAAUUAUCAAACCUGAGGAUUUUCUAGUUCCAGAGCUUCAAGCAACAGAAGAAGAAAAAAGCAAAUUAGAGUCUGGUUUGACAAAUGGAGAGGAGCCUAUGGAUCAGGAUUUAUCAGAUGUUCCUACCAAAUGUAUUUCUGCAACAGAAUCCAUGGAAAUUAAAGCCAGAGUUACAUACAUUGACUAUGAAGGACGUUCAGACGGGGACUCAAUUAAAAAAAUUAUUAACCAAAUGAAACCAAGACAACUGGUGAUUGUCCAUGGACCACCUGAGGCCAGUCAGGACCUUGCAGAAUGUUGCAGAGCUUUUGGUGGAAAAGAUAUUAAAGUUUACAUGCCCAAACUUCAUGAAACUGUAGAUGCUACAAGUGAAACUCACAUUUACCAGGUCAGGUUGAAAGAUUCUCUUGUCAGCUCUCUUCAGUUCUGUAAAGCCAAGGAUGCCGAGUUGGCUUGGAUAGAUGGUGUUCUGGACAUGAGGGUUUCAAAAGUGGAUACUGGAGUUAUUUUGGAGGAGGGAGAGUUGAGGGAAGAUGAAGACUUAGAAAUGCAAGUGGAUGUGCCUUCUUCAGACUCAAGUGUGAUUGCACAACAGAAGGCCAUGAAAAGCCUCUUUGGUGAUGAUGACAAGGAGAUGUGUGAGGAGAGCGAGAUCAUUCCUACUUUGGAACCUCUGCCACCUCAUGAGGUUCUUGGGCAUCAGUCUGUGUUUAUGAAUGAGCCAAGACUGUCUGACUUCAAGCAGGUUCUCUUGCGGGAAGGUAUACAAGCUGAAUUUGUUGGAGGAGUGCUUGUGUGCAACAACCUGGUGGCUGUCCGCAGGACUGAAACAGGGCGUAUUGGAUUGGAAGGCUGCCUCUGCCAGGACUUCUAUAGGAUAAGAGACCUUUUAUAUGAGCAAUAUGCUAUUGUCUAAGAAAAGUGCUGCAAAGGUGUUUUCACUUGAACUUUUACAGACAAUGGAGGUUUCUCCCAGUCCUGACUUUUUGUAGUUUUCUAAUUUAUACAGGGAAACCUAAUUCAUAAAGAACAGUUAGCUGCAAUGAACAUGUGAGUAACUGCUACUGUUGUUCAUAAAUCUGUUGGUACAUUCCAUGUAGUUGACUCUUAAACUGUUACAACUCAGCAUCUCCCACAUAACACAUUAUAAAUGAGUUUAUGACUGAAUGCUUCUCAGGAGAGGUUCAAUUUGUCAGGGCAUGUUUUGGUUUCACAGAUUUCCUGUCAAAGAGUACGAAACAUGUAAAUGUCAUUCUUUUGUUCUAAAAUAAGAUUGGAUAAAGA